AUGCGUUUAAACCGCAAGUACUGUGAAAAACCUUUCGCGACUGAGCCGACGAGUGUCAACACCAGCGGCGAUGACAAGAGCUCUCUAUCGCUGCCGCAAACCUCCGAAGCAGACACUCAGUCCAUGUCGUCGUCGACGUCGACCUCGAGUUUGCCGCCAAUGCAGACAUCGAUGACAGCCGUUCCCGCAGACAGUCACCCCUUACAGCGCUCGACGCCAUCACCGCAACCGCCACCCACUGGAGGGGCGCCUUACCGGGCCUUACCAUCGCUGCGACAACGGGUGACAUACUUGGGCUGCGCGGCCAUCAAUGCGCCCCGAAGUGAGGCUGAGAUACAGCGAAAUAUGGCUAUACUUAACGAC